UUGGUCUUUGUCAUUCCAACGAGAGUCAAAAGCGACGAGUGUAAUCAUCCGACGAAAGCUCACAGAAAUUCCACUGUUAGAGCGCACGCCUUGGUGAACACGAUAGGUUGUUUUUGUUCGCAGGAAAAUGUCACAGCAAAUUACAUGUUAUCUACCGCACAAAAGCGACCCAUAGUUUUGUUCGCAACAAGAGCGGUAAAAAAAUGCAAUAAUGUUCAUCAUGAAAAAGUGCAUGCGCAAAAUAUAAACAGCAGUUUUGCAACUGGUGGAAAAUCUUCAGAUAUAGUGCUAACACUGAAAAAUAAUAACCCCCUGAAGACUGCGGAAUAUAUUCAGAAAAGAACGCAAUAUCCGUCGAAGGAGGUGGGAAGACAGGAGGAAGAUAAUCUGCAAAGAAGCACCACUGAGCCAAGCGUGAUUGCCUCAUUAAUCUGCACAGCAGAGGGAGAAUCAGGCGGGACAAGUCUGAGGAUUAACAUCGAGCAGCCUUCCGGCACUGAAGGUGGAGAAAUCUCAACAUGGCUGAAAAAAGUUCGUAGUAAGGCACGGUUUAUCAAUGUCCAGAUUUCUGCCAAGAAGAAAGUUGAGAGCUUGCCAUCUGGUGUUCAUCGCGUCACGUGGAUUUCCCACCAGCUACGCGGAAACCAAAUCGUUUUCUCUCUCGAAUGUACCGCAUCACGAGCUCAGCGUAGGAACAAAUCGAUAAAAAAAAAUCACGCCAAAGGAAACAUGAUGCCAGGCUCGUUAUAUCGAGCGCGCAGACGCGUCUCUGCCGAAGGCAAUCUAAGAGAAGCUAUCUUCCACGGAACAGCAGACGGAACUCAGUUUCUGCGCACAAAGGAGAGCGGCUCGCCAGUCACGAAUGCUACGGAGAAUGAUUACAAAGAAGCAGACAACCAAAGGGUAUCAUCCUCCGGGCGUGAAGUAUCUUCUUCUGGUGCGACUGCGGCGAGCUCGUCGCAGGGCGCGGGGACAGACGCGGUGCAACUCACCGCCAGCAGCUUGGGAGCUACUUCGGACGGGCCACCGGGGACGAGAGACAACCUCCAGUCUGCCACGACGGGGUCGCCGCCGCAGACACCCCAGGUCCUCUCGAGAUGGACGCCGAGCACGAGGGCAGGAAGACCUCCUGGACCCGGAGCGAAGGUAUUCGACGACGGCGCCGGAGCAGCCACGCCGGGCACGGACUCGGCGAGCUACAGCCGCGGGCAGUCGGAGACCCAGAGGUCCUCGGGAGAGUCGACGGAAGCCCCGCCCCCGGAGGACGAGUGGAACGCCACCUUGCGGAGGUUCUCGGAGGCGUGGCCGGUGGGUUCCUGGGAGGCGGGCGGCCUCUUCACCGCCGACUUCCUGCGCCGCGUGGACCGCCACUGGCUGCGGUUCCCGCCGCCCAGCGCCGCCGCCUACUACGCCAUGGCGGCCGUGUACUCGAUGGUGGUGGUGGUGGGAGUCGUCGGCAACCUGCUGGUCAUCGCCAUGUUCACCAGGUGCCGCAGCCUGCGCACGCCCGGCAACAUCCUGGUGGUGAACCUGGCCGUGAGCGACUGCCUGCUGGUCGGCGAGACGUCCAUGCUCAUAUACAACAGCCUGCACCGCGGCCCGGCGCUGGGAGACGUCGGCUGCCAGGUGUACGGCUUCGUGGGCGGGCUGGCGGGCACGGUGUCCAUCUGCUCGCUGACCUUCAUCGCGCUGGACCGCUACCACGUGAUCGUGUACCCCCUGGACGCGCGCCGCCGCACGGGCCACACGCAGGCGCUGCUGUGCGUGUCGCUGGCGUGGCUGUACGGCGCGCUGUUCGCCGGCCUGCCGCUCACGGGGCUGGGCGUGGGCCGCUACGUGCCCGAGGGCUUCCUCACCAGCUGCAGCUUCGACUACCUCUCUCAGGAUGCGAUGAACAGGAACUUCAUACUGGCGUUUUGCGUAGCAGCCUGGGUCCUGCCGUUCUGCAUCAUCUCCUACUGCUACGCCCGCAUCUGCGUGGCGGUGCUGAAGGCCCGGCACUCGGGCCAAGGCUGGCUGGACGACUCCUCCAAGCACUGCAAGGAUCAAGAGAAGCACAGGCUGGAGCUCCGACUGGCCACCGUGGUGCUCGCCGUGGUGGGGCUGUGGUUCGUGUCCUGGACCCCGUACGCCGUGGUCGCCCUCAUGGGCGUGCUCGGCCUGCACGCACACAUCACGCCUCUGUCCUCCAUGCUGCCGGCCGCCUUCUGCAAGACCGCCAGCUGCGUCGACCCGUUCGUGUACGCGGUGACCCACCCGCGCUUCCGCCAGGAGCUGCUCGCCAUGACGGGGCUCGGCUGCGAGGUGCGGGCCGGCAGGAGGAGGGCCAAGAAGAAGAAGAAGCUGCGGGCGGUGACGGCCGCGGAGUCCCGGGACCCCCACCGGGAGUCCGACGUCGAGGAGAUCAUCAUGGUGGGGGUGCUGGGCUGCACCGUGCGCAGCACCCAUACGUCGAGGGCAUACGCUUCUUCGUCGUCCUCCUCCUCCUCGUCCUCGUCAAAGCUCUCUCUUCACGAGGGCGGUGAAACAUCUGCGCCACAGGAUGUUGCAGAAGCUGGCAGGGCAGAGCGCAGAAACUCGCGCAAGAGACCUUAUCUUACCAGAGGCAACCCUUCUCUCAGUUUCGAAGACACGACUGCAGGUUUCGCACUUCCGAGUUGGUUCGUCUCACCGAAACCAAGAAAAAAUCGUUCCACAAGCCUUAGGCACAAAGACAGAGAAUCAGAAGAUUGUUGAUUAAACCUUUUCGUAACUGAGAAUCCACUGUCAGUGGCCUAGUCAAAUUUUUUUACUGCUUCAAAACAAAAUACUGAUUAUUUUACACAUGUAGUAACAAAAUUAAAAAAAAAAAAAAAAAAAAAAAAAACUUGGAAAAUAAUAGGGGGAUGUAAGACAAGUAAUUUUAGUUGGCAUAUCCGAAGUCACAUAGCCAUUAGACAAUUCCGUUCAGAAAUGCCAUGCCCCAAAUGUAGGCAGCUCUUCAGCUAUAUUUACACGGAAAUGAAUACUAGGUGCUAUGACGUUACAAGAACAGCACCAAUUUGCAAUUCAUUAGUGCAUACUGACACAAGAAUAUGCAGGCAGUUUAAAACGUUGGUCAUGUCAGCUUACCCUUACGUAUAUUCCAUGCCAAUAAAAAAAUACAUAUUACUCAUCUUACUACCCCCUAUUAUCCCUAUGUGUUUAUUUAACAAAUUCAAUUACUUCUAACCUAAUUCAUGAAUAAGUGUAUAGUACAGAAACAGCAAUUAGCUGAUGGCUGCAUAUUUGUUGAUCAGAAAAAAUACAGAUUCCUAAGCUGCUCAGAUAAUUUGAUUUUUAAAAUGGUAAAGUUUCUGUUACAUUAUUUUUUCAUUUAAAAGAAAAAUCUUUCACGAGAAGUUAAUUGUUUAGCCUGUUAAAAACAAUGAAUUCAAAAGAUUUAAGAAAUAGAUGUAGCACAAUCCAUCAAAAUGUUUUACAAGCAUUAAAUAAAUAAAAACUAAGAAAAGAACUGCAAAGAACCAAGAAUGAGACUCUACCUUAUCUACAAAAGUUUUCCACACUUACAUAUUCUUGGUAUAUAUUUAUUUAUUGCUCUUUUUUUUUCUGUAAAUAUUUAUGGUAAUGAUUUGGAUUCAAAUAUUAGAAAAUUUGUUUAGCUUUUUAAAGUAUUUAUGUAAAUAGUUUUAUUUUAGUUCUGAUUACACCAGAUGUAAUAAAAAAGUACAAGAAGUUUUAAAACAGGACAGUGUCUUUUUUUUUUUACAAAAGAAGUGUAUUGUAUAGUGCGCUGUACAGAGGUUUUGUUUAUAACCUUAUAAGAUGGUUCACCGAAUAGAGAUUUGGCUGUACACAGUGUAAAGGUAACAAAACAUUGAGAUUGUAUUUUUGUUUACAGCCACAAAAAAAAGCUGAAAUAAGAUUAUUUUUUUAACUCUAUUUUUAUAAUAAAUAAAUGCAAAGAAACAAUGACUAGCUAGAGAUGUAAGUCUUAUAUAAGGCUGAGUUAUUUAGAAAAACCGUACGUUGAUGUUAUAAGUGUUUACUGUGAUAUGAGCAGGUACAUUUUGCAGGUUCAAAAUGGUAAUUUUUGGGCAGACAUUUUUUCCAAAACUUAAAAGGAGACUCAUUUUGCUGAAAUAGUAAACUGACAUUUAAAAAAAAAUGCAUCCAAACUGAGAUGUAAGCUGGACGUGAGAAAAGACUUUGCUAAUGAUCAGAGCUUUCCUUCAAAUGUUUGUUUAGUAAUGUUUUCAAUAAUGUCCUAGAUAAAACCCGCUCAUAAAAUAUUUUCCUGGAUUUGCUAAAUGCAAAACAAUUCAAAAUAAACAAGAAAAAUUUUGAAGCAUCGGCAAAAAACAUUUAAUAUUGUCACAUGGAACUGUUAAAUAAUAGGUUACAAUUUAAAGACUGUUUGAAAAAUUCAGUGGUAUUAUGAAGUUGACUGCAUUUCAGAGGAAGCAUUCCACAUUUGUUCUUUACAUUUUGGUGUACUAUGAUCUCAUGUACUACACAAUGCUGUUUUUAAUAAAGAGUAUCAGAUUUACUGUUACCUAUACCUUGAGAAUAAAUUAAAUGUGU